GCGCUGGGCUUUACUUGUCCAGAGCAGACUCAACAUUUCUCCACUGUUUCAGGGAUUUAAGGUUAAUCCAUGGGGCGCAUUCCAGGUGGUUCCCUUCUGCUUCUGGUGGUGAGUGCGUCUUUCCUGACAAAUGUCCAGGGAGGAAAGAUCCUGGUGUUCCCAGUGGAUGGCAGCCACUGGGUCAACAUGAACCUGCUGAUCCAGAGCCUCCACGCCAGGGGCCACGAGGUUACUGUGGUCCGAACCGCCACAAGCUGGUACAUCAAAGAAAAUGCACCACACUACCGCUCCAUCACCGUCACCUUACCGGAAGCCAUCAGCAUAGAGGAGCAGGACUUCUUCGUGACCUUUCUGGUCAAGAUGCUAGAAAUCCAAAAACAGGGGUCAUCUCCUGUCGCCUUCAUGAAGUUUUACUGGGAAAUGCUUGGCUCGCUGUCGAGCAUUCACCACCAAGCCAGCCUGUUGGGGGUCGAGAUAUUUGAGAACAAGACUCUAUUGCAGAGUAUCCGUGACACUCAGUUUGACAUGGUUCUUAUAGACCCGGGUUUGCCGGUUGGAGUCCUGGUGGCUCAUGAACUUAAGCUGCCGACUGUUUUUAACGUGAGGUGGAUCACCAGCGGAGAAGGGCAUUUUAUAGUGGCUCCAUGUCCAUGGUCUUAUGUCCCGACUGCAGGAUACGCCGUGUCGGAUAAGAUGAACUUUGUUGAACGAGUCAAGAACACAUUUUAUUAUGUUCUCAACAUGUGCAUCGACAAGUUUAUAGUAUGUCCUCACUACGAUAAGCUGGUAGACAGGUACUUUGGUCCAGAUGUCAACUUCUAUCACCUUCUACAAGGAGCGGACAUCUGGCUCAUGAGGGUGGACUUUGUCUUUGAGUUCCCCAGACCCACCAUGCCAAACAUCGCCUACAUUGGGGGCUUCCAGUGUAAGCCGUCUGAGCCUUUAUCGACAGAGCUGGAGGAGUUUGUUCAGAGUUCAGGGGAGCAUGGGUUCAUCCUGAUGUCUCUUGGCACACUGGUUGAAGGCCUGCCUUUAGAAAUUACCUCAGAAAUCGCUGCUGCAUUUGCCCAAAUUCCUCAAAAGGUCAUAUGGAGGCACGCCAGUGAGCCCCCAAACAAUUUAGGCAGCAACACCCGACUGGUGAAAUGGAUGCCCCAGAACGACCUCCUGGGUCACCCGAAGGCUAAAGCCUUCGUCGCCCAUGGUGGCACUAACGGGAUAUACGAGUCCAUCUACCAUGGAGUGCCGAUCAUAGGAAUGCCGCUUCUGUUUGACCAGUUUGAGAACGUUUUGAGAUUGGAGGCGCGAGGAGCCGCUAAGGUGGUCGAUGUGACCAAUCUGACUCGUCAGAACUUUCUGGAAGCGAUACAAGAAGUUCUUCAUAACCCCUCCUACAGGAACAACAUGAAGCGUCUCUCCGCUCUCCAUCGGGACAAACCGAUGCAUCCUCUGGAAACAGCCAUUUAUUGGAUUGAGUUUGUGAUAAGGCACAAAGGGGCGUCACAUUUACGCACCGAGUCUUUUAAGAUGCCCUGGUAUGCCUAUCAUAGUGUGGAUGUUAUAUCUUUUUUGGCAGCAGUCUUGUUGACGCUGACAGCCAUCGUAGUUGGAUCGAUACGAUUCAUUUGCACUCGAGUGUGCAGGAGAAGAAAAACCAAGCAGGAGUAGUUGCGGACUCCUCACAUCAGAUUAGUGCUUAUUAAAAUGAAGGAGGAUUGGGCUGGUGGUAUCAACAUUUUCAACAAAUGUACAUAGUGGAAUAAUAAGCAUGAUUGUUAUGAUUACACAGCAGCAAAUGGAGAAGAAAUGAACGAGGCCCUGCCUCCAUGGCCCCAGACUUCCCUAUAAUACAUCCAUGGGAUAUCCGUGGUGGGGAGUUUCCUCCCAAAACACCCGUCCGACCAAUCAUGAGCAGCUCUACUGAAUGGGAGCACAAAGAUUUGGCUCAAACAUAAACCCAGAUUCUGUAACAGAGUUGCAUAUUGCUCACUUCAAAUGUUUUCAAACAGAAAGAAAAUGCAGUCUGUUGUACAUAUUA